AUGACUACAUUACAAGCUACGCAGCUUACAUUAAAACAAUCGUGGGAGAAAGUGUUUGACAAACUGCAAACUGCUUUUACUGAGCACAAUUGUAUGAUUAAUACUAAACGAUCUUUUCAAAUAUUUUGGAUAUGGUUUUUGUAUAUGUUUAUCGCUUACGUAAUCGUUCUGAGUAUAAUGGUAGUAACAUCGCAAGUUAGAUUUGUGAAUGAGACAAAUCACUACAUUCUGUACGCCAUGCGAAUAUACGCCUAUUUAUCAGAAACGGCUAUCUCUUUAUCGUUUGCUUUGUUCACAAUGAUAUUACGAAUUCUGGUCGUAGAAUUGCAAAAGAAGUUUCCUCUUCAAAGCAUGAGUGAAACGAAACUACGAUCAAUCGUUCAACUGCAUCGUCAUAUUUGCCAAAUGAUUGAAAACUUCUGCGCGGUGUACGGUUGGGCCUUACUGUUAAUCUUUUUCGAACACUUUUUAAUCCUAACUGAUAGGCUCUACUUUUCGUUUCGCAUGUAUCGGUCAAACACAGUUAGUCUUAAAACUAUUAUAGGCAUGUUGGCAACGUGGGUGCUUCCUUUCGCCGUCAACGACAUGCUGUUGAUUGGCGUUUGCGUAGCAACGGAUGUGGCAUUGGAGUCAUUUGAAAACCACCUUUGCGCGGUUGGAAACAUAAACAGCAGUGAUGAAGAGACAAAAUACAUGUUAUCCUGUUUCUGCCUGUACGUUUCCGAGCACAGACCCAAGUUCAGAGUGCUCAAUGCUUUCAACUUGAACUUCAAUUUGAUUUAUGCGAGCUGUGCAACAAUCGUGACUUAUUUGAUUGUGUUUCUUCAAUUCGAUACUUUACCUGCUGUUUAG